AUGGAUCGCAGAAUAUUACCCUCUGAUCUGACUGGAGCUCGUCUCGUGCCAGAUGCCACCAUAAAUGUUUUUCGCGUGGACAAGAAUACGGUCGUCAAAGUGUGUGAUCCAAACCGUCUUGCCGAGGCAGAAGCUCUGAGAUUCGUUCGCACGAAUGCUUCCCUUCCAGUUCCCGAGCUAUACAGCGCUUAUGUUGAUGAGAGUAUUGGACGUGGGAUGAUUGUUAUGGAGUACAUUGAAGGAGAAGUCCUUCGGGACGUCAUCGAUGACAUGGGUUUAGAGCGACGCCAGAAGAUUAUCUCACAAUUGCAAGCUUACAUGUCCGAAGUUCGAUCCGUCAAAGGAGACUUCACCGGCUCUGUCGAUGGUUCGCCAUGUGAAGAUCCUGUCUUCUGUGCUGAUCAGGGAGCAUUCGGCCCAAACAAAACAGAAACCGAAUUUAACGAUGGUCUGAUUCGAGCAAUGGAGAUCCCAGGAGAGAACCCUGGGGUCACCCACGUAUCUAAGCUAAUCCGAGCAAUGUCUUACCAUGAAAUAGUCCUCACCCACGCAGACUUUUCACCGCGCAAUAUCAUUAUCAGGGGGGACCAAAUUGUUGGUAUUCUGGACUGGGAGAUGGCAGGUUUCUACCCAGCGUAUUGGGAAUAUAUCAAGGCUUUGUACCAUCCAAACUGGCAAAGUCGCUGGAUCGAAGACGGACUUAUUUCUAGCGCUGGGUACUUCUACCAGGUGUGCUUCCGAUCCUUCAAGGUUACUAGGUACCAUGGAAGAGUUUGCAUUCCUUUCUUAGUAUUUUUCUUUCAUCUUUGUGCCCCAUCCCAAUUCCAAGCACCCCAAGAGCCCAAGAUGCCUCGAAAGGGAUACCCCGCCCCGUUGGUGGUCCAGCCUCUCGGCGCCGAGCAUACACACACAAUUAUCGCACUCCACGGCAGAGGUAGCAAUGCCGAGCGCUUUGGUCUCGAACUUCUUGCGUCGGCAGACCUCAAAACCAGACUUCCCACCGUGAAAUUUGUCUUCCCAACUGCCUCCAAGAGACGAUCAACUAUACUCAAGAAAAUCCCCAUCAAUCAGUGGUACGACAACUACUCUCUCGAAAAUCCCGGAGAGAGAACUGAUCUGCAGAUUGACGGACUGAAUGAGACUGCUGAGUUCAUUCGGGGCCUGAUAGAUGCGGAGGCUCAACUUUUGAAUGACCAGAAGGCUAAAAACAUCAUUCUUUUGGGACUCAGCCAGGGCUGUGCAGCAGCCAUCUUUGCCCUUCUAGGUGGGUGGGCGGACAGCAGUCGAGAAACCCCGGUUGGCGCUUUCGUGGGAAUGAGCGGGUGGCUGCCAUUUGAAGAAGAACUGCGCCAGAUUCUACAGUGUGACGAGAAAUUGGUAUCUGUCGAAGAUGGCCAUCAGAAACCACAGUCCCGAGGACUGGAGCAACCAGUAUCUGACAACCCAGAUGAUUCGGACGAUGGCGUGGAUACCGAUAGUGAUUCCUUUGACGAGGGCGCAGAGGCGGACGUUUAUUCCAACGAGGAUUCCGACGAAGAGGAUCCAUUUACCCAAGAAACCCACCAGGACGAUGACUUUGAUCCUUUUGAAGAAGAGGAAGAAAAAGACGAGACUCCUUUGUCUAUCAAAGCAAUCAAUCAUAUUCGUGACAUCUUGGAACUGCCCCUGAUAGCAAUUGGUGAAAAGCUCUCGGCAGAAAACCAGUCAUCAGUCGAAUUUAGUCACAUUUCGACUCCUGUGUUUGUGGGCCAUGGUGCAGAAGAUCCCAAAGUCUCCUCGGCUUUGGGGGAAGGAAUGUCAAAUCUUCUCUCGGCUGGCCUAGGGAUGAAUGUUAUAUGGAGGGAAUAUAAGGGCUUGGGACAUUGGUAUAGGGUUGAGGAUGAGGUGGAAGAUAUUCCUGCCUUUCUUCAGCACGAAGUUGGUCUCAGAGCCAGGCCACUGUCAUGUAUAGGUAAAUGA